UAUCAAUAUUAAAUAUUAAUAUUAAUAAAAAUUAAUGGCGACAGUAUCCAAGUGUUGGUCACUCCCCACCAUCAGCUCCUCGCCUUCAGACCUUCGGCGAGCCAAUCGCAGCCAGUCGGUUAUGACUUCGAUUUCUAAUGUCGGAGUGCGAGUUACAGAAGGGCAAGGGAAUUUACCCAAGGUCGUGCUCACUCCUCCUCACGGAAGGCUAUUGCCACGGGCAAUGUGUAACUCGCAAAGGAUUUAUUGUUGCUUUGGGCUGAAAAUGGAAGCUUGUGCAAAUUCUAAUCGUGCAAAAACUUCCCUACUUGCUGGAUUUGCGACGGGGUGGUCUAAAACACAAUCUUUAUACGUACGGCAACCAGCCAACUGCCACUCAUUGCCUUUGGGAGCAUUAUUGACUUCUAAGACUCGGGGUAUAUCUUCUAAGCCUUUUACUGGUGAUGAGGAGAUUGGAGUAUUGUUGCUGAACCUGGGAGGUCCAGAGACUCUUGAUGAUGUCCAGCCUUUUUUGUUUAACCUCUUUGCUGACCCGGAUAUUAUCCGAUUGCCAAGGUUGUUUCGUUUCCUUCAAAAGCCAUUAGCUCAACUAAUAUCUGUUCUAAGAGCACCCAAGAGUAAGGAAGGCUAUGCUUCCAUUGGUGGCGGUUCUCCCCUUCGACGGAUAACUGAUGCCCAGGCCGAAGAGUUAAGGAAGGCCCUCUGCACAAAGAAUGUUCCUGCGAAGGUAUAUGUUGGUAUGCGCUAUUGGCAUCCAUUUACUGAAGAAGCUAUUGAACAGAUAAAAAGAGAUGGCAUUACAAAGCUUGUUGUGCUUCCUUUGUAUCCACAGUUUUCAAUAUCAACUAGUGGUUCAAGCCUUCGAUUGUUAGAGAGUAUUUUUCGGGAGGAUGAAUAUCUAGUAAACAUGCAGCACACAGUUAUACCUUCCUGGUAUCAGCGUGAAGGGUAUAUAAAGGCCAUGGCAGAUUUGAUCGCGAAGGAAUUAGGAAGUUUUGAUUGCCCUGACAAGGUUAUGAUAUUUUUUAGUGCGCACGGGGUGCCACUUGCGUAUGUGGAAGAGGCUGGUGACCCAUACAAGGCUGAGAUGGAGGAAUGCGUGGAUUUGAUUAUGGAAGAACUAGAAAAGAGAAGAAUAACUAAUGCAUAUACGCUUGCUUAUCAGAGCAGAGUUGGACCAGUGGAAUGGUUGAAACCAUACACCGAUGACACUAUUAUUGAGCUAGGGCAGAAAGGAGUGAAAAGAUUGCUAGCCGUCCCAAUCAGCUUUGUCAGUGAACAUAUUGAAACUUUGGAAGAAAUUGACGUUGAGUACAAAGAGUUGGCUUUGAAAUCUGGUAUAGAGAAAUGGGGACGUGUUCCUGCACUAGGUUGUGAAGCCACCUUCAUUUCAGAUUUGGCUGAUGCUGUGAUUGAAAGUCUUCCAUAUGUCGGAGCGAUGGCAGUCUCAAACCUUGAAGCUCGACAGUCUUUAGUUCCUCUCGGGAGUGUGGAAGAGCUAUUGGCAGCAUAUGAUUCUCAGCGUCGGGAGCUUCCACCACCAGUCACAAUGUGGGAGUGGGGAUGGACAAAAAGUGCUGAAACUUGGAAUGGAAGAGCAGCUAUGCUGGCAGUGCUUGUUCUACUGGUCUUGGAAGUUACAACCGGCGAGGGGUUUCUGCAUCAGUGGUUUGUAUUGCCAUUGUUUCGCUGAACGGGGAUGGCAGCUCAUUUCAUGGGCCUAAUAGCAAUGCUCUGCUGGCGGGGUAGUGUGAUGGUGGCUUACAUUCUACAAAGCUACUACUCUAUCGAAGAGAGCAGCUUAGGCAAUGCCUGGAUACAGAUCCUGUAAAUUUUGCUUAUUUCCUUUUCUCAUUAAUUGGCAGUUGUACAAAUGUCAUGACCACCAAUGUCAUGCCAGGUGGUUGUAACAUCAGUGCUCUCUUAACGUGUAUUUUAUUUUGUUGUAGCAUAAUUCUACUCACUAAGAAAAUAAUAGGGGCAAGUUGUAUGAGCUUUUGAUAGCCAAGAGGCAUUUGGCCCAAUACAUCAAGAAUGCACUUAGGUGCAAGGAUAAAGGAAGUCAAGAGUUCAACUCCUCUUCCAUUGUGUUAAUGUAAUUAUUCUAACAAUACUUUCGCCGAGAAACAAGAAGAUAGUAUGAGCUUUUGAUACAUUUUUUCACUA